CCUCCUGCUUUGCUCGUCGCAACCUGACAGACCACAUGGAAGCAGGAGCAGAAGUCCACGCGCACUGACAUCAGUUACUCGAGCAGAAGUCAUGCAGUUCCAGCACUCGCACGCGCCUCUUUACGCGCCGACGCCCGCGCCGCCGGUCCACCCGACGCCCUUCUACAUCGAGGACAUUCUGGGCAGAAGCACGUCCACGUCCGGCCCGGUCGCGCCGACGCCGACUCUACCGUCUCCGAACUCGUCCUUCACCAGUCUGAUUCCGUCCUACCGGACGCCGAUCUACGAGCCCACGCCGAUCCACCCGGUUCUGUCCCAGCACGCGCUCGCGGCCACGUACGCGUCCAUCUACCCGUUCCAGCGCUCCGUGGGAGACUUUACGCACGCGCUGAUCCGUCACGACCCGCUGGGUAAACCGCUGCUGUGGACGCCCUUCAUCCAGCGGCCUCUGCACAAGAGGAAAGGCGGACAGGUUCGGUUCUCCAACGACCAGACCAUCGAGCUGGAGAAGAAGUUCGAGACGCAGAAGUAUCUGUCUCCUCCCGAGAGAAAGAGACUCGCCAAGAUGCUCCAGCUGAGCGAGAGACAGGUGAAAACAUGGUUCCAGAACCGCCGGGCGAAAUGGAGGCGAUUGAAACAGGAGAAUCCCGCGAGCGGGAAGAGAGACUCGGAGGACUCGGGCGAGCAGAGAAACUCGGACAGAUCGAGUCCGGACGCGAUGCGCGAGUCGGAGGUGUCGGAGGACUCGGACCAGGAGCUGGACAUCGAGGAGGACUCACAGCUGUCCAUCAACCCGCAGUUAUGAGUCCAUCGCCGCUGUAAAUACUGUAUCAUACUGUACAUUUGUGACGGACUGUAGCGCAGAAUUAUUAAGUUAAUGGAUGUAGAUUUUGAUCUAAAUGUCACGUGAUGAAGGUGUAUCUGUGUCUGUGUUGUGGUGGGAAAUGUUGUAAAUAUUCUGUUAUUCAAUAAACAAUAUUUUGGGGAUAAAA